AUGUACAAAAGUACUUUUACAAGUUGGCUCAAUACUUUGUUUAAACUCAAUGAGUCUUACAAAAAAUACAGUGUUAUAGCUGCUGUAUUAAAAAAACCCACUGUCGGCAAAGUUACCGAAAUAAAGGGUUGGGUGAAAAAUUUACGAAAGCAAAAAGAUCUUAUUUUUGCCGAUGUAAGUGAUGGAUCGUGUGCGCAAAAGUUACAAAUUGUAAUUCCAAAAGCCCUUGCAACAAAUUCUUUGACAUAUGGGUCCUCGGUUCAUAUUACCGGUAAAAUAUCCAGUAGUCCUAAGGGACAAAUCGAACUUCUUGCAGAUGAAGUAAAUGUUUUAGGACCUUGUGUUGUUUUAGAUGGUUAUCCAUUUAACCCUAGAACAACACACUCACCGGAAUACACUAGACAAUAUCUCCAUUUACGUUCAAGAACCAACUAUAUGGCAGCAAUUCUAAGAGUAAGAAGUGCGCUAACAAAACACAUACAUGAUUAUUAUACUUUGAAGAAGUAUACUAACAUAAAUACUCCUAUUUUAACUUCCAAUGACUCCGAAGGUGCUGGGGAAGUUUUCAAAUUACAACCAGAUAAUGAAGAGACUGUAAAAGCUAUGAUGCAAGAGAAUAAAGACAGAGAUUCUGUUUACUUUGGUUCCAAGACUUUCUUAACUGUAUCAGGGCAAUUACAUUUAGAAGCAGCCUGUAGAGGAAUGGGUGAUGUUUAUACAUUGGGGCCGACUUUCCGAGCUGAGAACUCGAGAUCUAGGCUUCAUUUAUCAGAAUUUUAUAUGUUGGAAGCAGAGCUGGCUUUCUGUAAAACUAUAGAACAAUUACAAUUAGCUAUUGAAGAAUUAAUAAAAUAUAUAUUUGUAAAUAUUAGGAACACAAAUGAACCUGAUUUGUUUUUGAUAGAUAAAAAGAAUGUAUCUCCAACAUGGAUUGAUAAACAAUUCAUAACAAUAACUUAUGAUGAAGCUAGACAGAUUUUACAGAAGAAAGGAACAAAUGUGGCUGAUGAAGGCAUUAAUAAAGAGCAAGAAUUGACACUUGUGGAACACUGUGAUGGGGUUCCAGUCUUUGUGGUUAAAUGGCCUAAAGAUAUGAAGUCAUUUUACAUGAAGGAGUGUGAAGAAGACAAAACAAAGGUGGAUGCUUUAGAUCUCCUAACACCAAUCACUGGCGAAGUAGUUGGUGGAAGUUUAAGAGAAGAUGAUUAUAAAAAAUUAAAAUUAAAAUUACCAUCUGAAAAAUUAAAUUGGUACUUAGAAUUGCGGAAAUUUGGUAAUAUACCCACUGGUGGGUACGGACUAGGCUUAGAAAGACUACUUCAGGUGUUAUGUAAUGUACACAAUAUAAAGGAUACAAUUCCCUUCCCUCGAUGGCCACACAACUGUGACAUGUAA